CUUCAACACAGUCGCAUAUCUAAAAGAGUUGCUUUUUGGUCUCCCGUCCACGCCAAAGGACUGUUGGAAAUUGUGGUGCCUCAACAUGGGUCCUUCAAGAUUAUCAAAAACCAUCCAAGGCAUAACCGUCACCGGCCUUGCGACGGUCGGCGCUUUUUUCGUAUGGACAAAGCACUGCCAUAUGACACCACUGAAUCAAUUCACACCUACGACAGAGCCACUAUUUCAGAGUUCUUGGUACAAGAAAUUUAAUCCACUUCAAAAUCCAACGACACACGACGAAUGUGUAAGACGAUUACCAUUGUUUAAGAUACGCCCAGAGUUGGUUGAGGAUGCUCAAAAAGGAGGAUCCAAGCUGGUCGAGGCGUUCAGUCAAGGGAUCUGGGGCGGUCCAGGCUACACCAUUCAGAGGCUAUACUUAGAACGAAAGUAUCGCAAUGAUACAACGACCGCCCAUCAACUAUGGACACCCCAGGAUCUCAAGACCUCGACGUACGAGAAAGGGACCGAGAUAACGGACCACUUCGUUGUUCUCGAAAAAUCGCCAACGUCCAUCCUGAUCAGAUGCGGAGACUCGCCGUUGCACAACCCAGAUACCAACCGACCCUCCGACGGGCUCUUUGAAAUCAGCGCCACCACGGACUUUGACAAAGGUUUUGCCGAGUUCAGACUCAAGAGUAUUUUCUACCAGGGAGAAGGUGAACCUCAAGACAAGACGAAGGCCCCUAUGUCGGCAACCAUGUCAACGUUGCACCAGCUUUAUACUAAAUUGUGGAUGGAGAGUGCUAUGAAACACGUAAAGCAGUGACCCGUCUGACGCAUGGUGUUGCGAUUGGGAUAGGCUCAAUCAUCAUGACGCAUAAACAUAAGAGAUGCUCAAAUUCAAGAUUUGUGUAAUUGCUUCUGUGAUUGACUAAACAAUAGUUGUGUAGCUCGACUCAAGUUCCAGCUCUGAAUUGAGGAAAUAUUUUCUCUGCAAGAGCCUG